AUGGCCGGGCACGCAGCUCAAAGGGCCCACUGUUCUCCCAUUCUCGGCGCUGCAGGGCGGCCGCAGCCCCGCACUCUUUAUCAACGGUCGGGGCCGCCCCCGGCGCCUGAUUGGCUUCCAGCGGCCGGGAGCCCGGGCGGAGCAGUCGAUGCGCGCCCGGGCACCGCGGCCAUUGGGCGGCAGCCUUUCGGGGCCGCAGGGCGGGGGCGAGCGCGCCCGGGAAAGAAAGAAAGGGAAAGGGCCGUGGGGGAUGGGAGGGGCCCGCGGGAGGGGCGGUGGCUGCGGGCGGAGGGCCGCGCUCUCGCCCGGAAGGACCCCGCCUGCCCGGCCUGCAGCUCACCCCGCUGGCGACCGCGGAGCCCGCGCCCCUGCGCCCCUACCCCGGCUAACUGCCCCGGCCUCCGCGCCACCGCCUUCAGGGUGGGGAGUUUUGCAGGAGAGGCCUCUCGUUUCCAGAGAGGAUCCUGGGGGGAAUCAGGAGACCUGACUCUGCCUUUGUCACACCUGAGACAAGUCUCUCGGCGACUCUGGGAGCCUGUGUUUCCUCAUCCGCACAUAAAGCGAUUCAAGAGAGGAUUUUCAGAGCUGCUCACCAGAUUUGAAAUAAUAUGUGCAAGCUAUACCCCAGGGGCAGCUGAAAGGAAAGAGAGGGCUUCGCAUGCCCAGUUGGAAGCCCAGGAUAUUACAUUAAUGGAAGCAUGUUCACUGAAGAAGGAAAUUGAUACAGUGAGAGCAGUUGUCACCCCUGUUACUGGCUGGAGAGGAGUAACGAGAGAGCAGUUUUCACUCAAGUCCUUCAAACAGAACAUGAGUUUCCUCAUUACUAUGCCAGAACUUUCCCCCAUGAGACCUGUGGGGUCUGACGGCCACACAUGCAGAAUCCGAUAGACUCCUUGAGGCCAUCUAGUCUACCCCUCGCUAAUGAAUCAUCCCUGCCUGUUGCUGAAAUGUGCUUUGAAGAUGAGCUCUGCUGCAUCAUCAGCCCUUUGCUGGGAUCACACUCUGCCCUUGGUUUGCCCCCCGUGCUCUCAGUGGGGGCAAUUUUGCUCCCAAGAUGGUGAAAAUUGGUGACUUUAGGUAUUAUAAGCAUACCUCAAAGAUUUUGUGGGUUCAGUUGCAGACCACAACUAAGCAUAUAUUGCAAUAAAACAAGCCAAAUGAAUUUUUUGGUUUCCAGUGCAUAUAAAAGUUAUACUGACACUACACUGCAGCCUAUUAAGUGUACAGUAGCAUUAUGUCCUAAAAAACACUUACAUACCUUAAUUAAAAAUACUUUAUUACAAUACAGCAUAGAGAAUAUAGUCAAUAACAUUGUAAUAACUUUGUAUGGUGACAGAUGGUAACCGUACUUGUGAGCAUUUUGUAAUGUAUGUGAUUAUUGCACCACUAUGUCAUAUACCUGAAGCUAAUA